CUUAUAAUGGCGGCGUCCUUACGCGGCUGAUUUCAUUCUCAUUUCUUAUCACUUCAAUCAUUGAUCGCUAACCAUACUAAAAGUAUCUGGUAAUCUAAGCUAGGCCUAGUGAGCACACGCAGGGAGUUCAGAGAGCGCAUAUACGUCACGUGAAGGAACCCGAGGAAUCGCGCAAUUAUGUGCCCAGUUUAAAGUUAAAUUAAAUAUUCUUAUACACUGAAAACCACAUAGAAGCCGUGAUGUUUGUUGCGAGAAGUAUAUCAGCCGAUCACAAAGAUCUCAUACAUGAUGUGGCAUAUGAUUUUCAUGGACGUCGGAUGGCCACAUGUUCUAGUGACCAAAGUGUAAAGGUGUGGGAUUUGGGAGAAGAUGGACAGUGGCAUUGUACUGCAGACUGGAAGACACACAGUGGGUCAGUGUGGAAGGUCACCUGGGCACAUCCAGAGUUUGGUCAGGUGCUUGCAACCUGCUCAUUUGACAGAACAGCUGCAGUGUGGGAAGAACUACCGAGCGAGAGCACAGAAAUGGGACUAAGCCACUGGGUGAAGAGAACUAGUCUGGUAGACAGCCGCACAUCAGUGACUGAUGUGCGUUUUGCACCACGGCACAUGGGCCUUCAGCUGGCGACUUGCUCAGCGGACGGACUUGUUCGCAUCUAUGAGGCUCCAGAUGUGAUGAAUCUCAGCCAGUGGCAGCUGCAGCAUGCCAUACAGUGCAAGCUCAGCUGCAGCUGUCUAGCGUGGAAUCCAUCAAGAGUGCAUCCACCAAUGCUUGCAGUAGGAAGUGAUGAUGCAAAUCCUUCGGCUGGAGGUAAAGUCAUCAUCUAUGAGUUCAGUGAGGCACAGAGGAAAUGGAAUAAAGUGGAAACAGUAAUGAUUGUGACAGAGCCAGUCUAUGAUAUAGCCUUCGCACCCAACCUCGGCCGUUCCUACCACAUGCUGGGUGUUGGAUCGAAAGACGUUCAUGUCAUUACGCUAAAACCGCUUAAAAGAGAGCUGGCAGUAACGGCACCACCGCAGGGCAGCAGUACACAGGCGACCGGCAUGUCUCGCUUUGAGAUCCGCCAAGUGGCACAAUUUUGUGACCAUUACUCACAGGUGUGGCGUAUUAGCUGGAAUAUCACGGGCACUAUCCUGGCAUCCUCAGGUGACGAUGGCUGCGUCCGACUGUGGAAAGCAAACUAUCUGGACAAUUGGAAGUGCAUCUCGGUGCUUAAAGGCGAUGGGACAAGGUCACCCACAGACAGACCUGGUGGCCAAGGUGCCAUGCAGACAAGCAACGUGCAAGGGGUCGGCAAUGGGACGCGCUACUACAAGUUGGGUGGCAUGCUUGGCCAGACAGCUACUAACCAGGUAGUGUGGCACUGAGACCGACUAGCAGCAGCAAAGAGGCUGCAGUCAACUGGUCUUGCUCAGAGGUUAGGAUGCACUGUGCCUGAGCAAGGAGUUAUAUUUAGCUGGCGAGGCCUGGAGUUAUGUGGUUAUAAGUUCAAUUACCCAAUGUUCUGUGCUGAUCAGUGAGAAUAGCACAAGAAGAUCAGCACAUUACAAUACGAAAAACUGUACGUGAUUGUAUCAGAUGCAGUGUAAGGACUAUGCUUUGCCUGGUUGAAUCAUGUUGAGUGUAUGGGUGUUGCCGAACUGCCUAUACACAGAAGAUAGAUAGUCAGUAGAUAGAAUGAUCUGGCCAUACUGGCCAUGGCCCAUUGAUAUUAAAUGCAUUGUUGAUUUAUGUCGAGAUUUCCUUAGAUAGUUCAAUAAUGUAAAGAUCAGUAAUGCAUUUUAAAGGAAAAUACUAAAUUCUGUUCACAUUUUACAGAUGUAUAAAAAAAAUCCAAGUACUUGUAACUUCCAAAUUUGUAAAGAUGUGAAAUGGGAUAUAUUGAUUUUUUUUACAAAUAUGAUUGUUACGUCUAAGUGUGUAAAUGUUUAGCAGACAAAAUGAAAGUAUGUGUAAGAGAUUUGAGCUACACAAGAGGCUGGUUAUAAUAUGGGCACGUUUGAUAAAACGGAAAAUAAAGUUGAAAUAUGUACGUGUGUUUACUACUCAA